CACCUGCCAGCAGAACGAUCUGUCCGCCCUCAGCUCAGGGAAACAUGGCGUCGAUCACCGCCCGCGCCCCCGUCGUGGCCUUGCGCCCGUCGACCUCGGUUAACUCUGCCUUGUUCGGACACUCCAGCCGCGUUGGCCAGGCCUCGUCGUCUUUGUCGACGAAGCGUAGCCUCCGGGUGGAGGCCAAGGGCGAGUGGCUCCCCGGUGCAACCUCCCCGGCAUACCUCGACGGCAAGCUGCCCGGCGACAACGGGUUCGACCCGCUGGGCCUGGCGGAGGACCCGGAGAACCUGCGGUGGUUCGUGCAGGCGGAGCUGGUGAACGGGCGGUGGGCGAUGCUGGGCGUGGCCGGGAUGCUGGUGCCGGAGCUGCUGACCAAGAUCGGGCUCAUCAACGCGCCCGAGUGGUACGACGCCGGCAAGGGGGAGUACUUCGCCUCCUCCUCCACGCUCUUCGUCAUCGAGUUCAUCCUCUUCCACUACGUCGAGAUCCGCCGGUGGCAGGACAUCAAGAACCCGGGGUGCGUCAACCAGGACCCCAUCUUCAAGAGCUACAGCCUGCCGCCCCACGAGUGCGGAUACCCAGGCAGCGUCUUCAACCCGCUCAACUUCGCGCCCACGCUCGAGGCCAAGGAGAAGGAGCUCGCCAACGGGCGGCUGGCCAUGCUCGCGUUCCUGGGCUUCUCGGUGCAGCACAGCGUCACCGGCAAGGGGCCGCUCGAGAACCUGUUCCAGCACUUGUCUGACCCGUGGCACAACACCAUCAUCCAGACCUUCUCCGGCUAAUUAAGUCGUAUGAUCUGGACAGCUUCAGCAGGUUGAUGUAAAAUUGAUGCCACAUGGUAUGCAACAAUGGUCGAUCGAUACAUUUUGUGUUGUAAACUAGUAGCGCUAUGCACGCACGCGGCUAGCUGCAUGGCAUGGAGUGGGUGAUUGGUGUGUACAUUACAGGGGAAAGUAAGGGGUACGUGCAGUGUUGUAGUAUCUUAUGACCAGGAUGAUCUACAUGGUGUUGGUAUUACCAGUGUGUGUCUAUUACCUGA